AUGGGAUCUUUUUUUUCUAAAAAGAAAAAUUUUGAGAAGGAACUUGCAGAUUUAGAAGAUAAGAUUAUACAUUAUGAAGAUUAUAUAACAAAGACAAGAUUGACGCAACACAAUGUCUUUUCAAAGAUAAUAAUCUACAGUAUCAUAUUGGAGAUACUAUUGUUUAUUGGCAUAUACUUUAGAACGAGAUCAAUAACUGUACAACAAGAAAAACUAUUUAAUUAUUCCUUUUUAAUAUUAUUCCCAUUAGUAGUCUAUAUAUUCACUAAAUUAUUUAAUACAUUAUACAAACAAAUUAUUCAUAGAAAUCAAAAGAAAUUGGAUUCAUUGAAAGCUAAAUUACAAACUAGAAUCGACGAACGAAAGAAAGAAACUGAUUAUGAAAAUACACAAAAGAUCAUCGAUAGAUAUGAUAAAUUGAUGAAGAAGAAAAGAGAGAAUGAAAAUUCACCAACACAACAACAGCAGCAACAUUCACCAAAGAGACAGGUAACUGGAAACUCACCAAAGAGAACUAGUACACCUGGUAACACUGGAAGUGGUAGUGGCAACGUAGCUACCGGUAAUAGCAAUAACAAUUCUAUUCAAUCUCAGAUACAACAACAAUCCAUUAGAAAUAGACAGGUCACCACUGGUACUAAUAAUCAAUCACAAUCACCGAGUGGAUCACCUCAAUUAAAUAGCAAUGUUAAUAGUAAUAUUGUUAGCAACAAUCAACAAAAUGCAAGACAACCAUCAACCUCAAACAAUAAUAAUAGUAUGAUGAUGAGUCCAAAUAGACAACCAAUAGUACAACAACAACAAUAUCAAGGACAGAACAAUCAACAACAAUGGAAACCAAGUUGGCUUGACAAGAUCGUUGAUUAUAUCAUUUCCGAUGGUCCAAAGUAUGGAUCACCUUUGAUCUGCGAGAAAUGUCAUAAUCACAAUGGUUAUGUACCAAUCAAUGAGAUUUCUUCAAUUCAAUUUAGAUGCAGAUUCUGCAACACCUUUAACCAAAGAGGUGAAGACCCACAGACUAGUAACUCUGAUCAAUCAAAUAACAAUAAUAAUGACAACAGCAAUAGCAAUAUUAAGAAUAGUAGUGGUGUCAAUACUAGCAAUAAAAGAGAAAAAGAUCAACAUCAUUCCGAUCGUGAACUAUCUGAUAGGGAAACAAGCACCGAUGAUGAUGAUGAUGAUGAUGUCGAUCAUAAAAAUAAAAGUUCAACAAAUACAACUACAACUACAAACAAGAACAAAGAGAACAAAAAGAUAAAAAACAAUUCACAUGAUGUAGAAGAUGAUGAUAAUAAUCAAAUAAAGAACUAA